UCUUUUAUUUUGUUUUCGUAGUUUCCUGACUCAAACAAAAGUACGCUGCCACUUUCGGACUUUCCAGACAAACAUUCACCUUAAUUAAGUAUUUGUUUCCAGAGAUCCCUAUGAGACUGGAAGCCAGAAUAUUGAGUGGCGAUAGUUACGCAGUCAUCGGGACUACACGCAGCCUUCAGUGGGUACGGCCGUACGGGUAUCUGUAUCAACAUGACGGAACGUGUUUGGCAUUGAUAACUUCGGUAGUCAAAUCAAACUGCAUCAUCGGUUGUCGCAGGCUCGCAGCUGUUGUUUCUUUCGUUUUCUGUAAAUUUUCUGGAUUAUCUUAACGAAGUGCGGUGUUACAGUCGUCUGUCUGAUUUUGUUCGAAUUUAUACGUGAUCCGGCGACCACUGACCAUGAACUGCCUCAUUCCACAACGGAGUAUCAAAACGUUUUCGAGAGCGAUUGCGGCUUUGUCACGAAUUGGGGAAGAACUGUAUUUGGAAUUUUCUCCAAAUCAGAUGAUUUUGCGCGCCGUCAGCCAGUCCAAAUCUGCGUAUGGAUCCUUUGUGUUUGAUUAUGAGUUUUUCAGCGAGUAUCGUUCGGAUUCGAUAUCCCAUGGCCGAAGAAGCAAAGGAAGCGGCAUUAGUCGACUGAAAAUGCAGAUGCGGACCGUACUGAACGUUUUUAAAUCGGCCCACACGUGCGAUCGACAGGUGGAAAGCUGUGGCUUGGAAGUGGAUUUGGCUGGCAACCGAGUGCGCUUUUCGUUCAAUCGAAAAUCAAAAGUAAUACACCGUCAUAGCGUGGAAUUUAUGGAUUGUGAUCCGUUGUACUCGUCUUUCUCAAAAAAGCAUACCAAAAGCUACGCUGUUGCAUCCGCCAAACUCCUGACCGACACAAUAGAAAACUUUCCUCCGAAUAUUGAUGAGAUCACUUUCAGUUUUCGGAAGGAUAGUUUUAUUGUGAACAAUUAUAUGGGAGAUACACCAGAUCCGAAGCAGACUGCGCAGAUGCAAAUUCAAAUGGAUAUCGAGGAGUUUGAAAAUUACUCCAUUCAAGAAGAAACAUCUGUCACUAUUACGUUAAAAGAGUUAAAGGGUGUUGUAAGCUUCAUCUCUAGUGUGACAUAUCAGUCGGAUGUCCAUGGCACAACUGGUCUUCCUGUUUCGAUUCAUUUUACCGGGCCCGGAACGCCGGUUCUUAUAUGCAUUGAAGUGCCAAAUCAGUACGAAGCGAAUGUUACCAUUGCGACACUGGAAAUCACCCCACAGAACACUCAAUCCGCAUCUCAGAGUCAGCAUGUGGAUAGUGCUGCCCUUGCACAAAAUACCGCUGCUCCUCAGACUGCAGCACCUCCUGUGGAGGAUCAAGUGCCCUUCACCGCACCGCAGUCAACAUUAGCCCCCGUCCGCCCUGCCGCAACUGCAGAAAGUGCCACUUCAGUGGAAUCUCGCGCUGCAAAAGGUGCGUCGCAACAUCAAGAACCUAUUGCGGCAACGCCCAGAGUGCCGCUUGCAUCAAUGCCGCCGCCAGUUAUCGCCAAAGAGUCAGAUGUCGUCGUUACGCAGAAAGGACCAACCUCACGAGCCGCUGCGAUUGUGUUUGGUUUACUGCCUUCUUCGAAACGAAGCUCCCAGCAUGUUGCGGAAAGGAUCUUAGCUUCUGAUACUGAGCCGUCGGACGAUGAUGAUGAGGACGAAGAAAUUGGUUGGAGUGAUUAGCACCUAAAGUGGAAUUGUUAUUAUGGUAUUUAAUUGCUGUUUUUAUAUUAGGUAGCUGUCAUUUUUCUGUCCCUAAAAAUCUCGAGUGAUCCAGUGAGCUCAGUCGUUGUUUUGCGGUUUCAUUUUACCUUCAAGUACAGUAACUUUUUAUGUGGAGAAGCUUGUGGUUCACAAAACCCCUUCAUUUAUAUUUUAGAAUUUAGCGAUACCUACAAUAACACCACUGCAGAUA